AUGGGUCGUGUCAGAACCAAGACUGUCAAGAAGGCUUCUCGUGUCAUCAUUGAAAAGUACUAUCCUCGUCUCACUCUCGACUUCCAAGUCAACAAGAGAAUCCUCGAUGAAGUCACCAUUGUUCAAUCCAAGCGUCUUCGUAACAAGAUUGCUGGUUUCACCACCCACUUGAUGAAGCGUAUCUCUCGUGGUCCCGUCCGUGGUAUCUCCUUCAAGUUGCAAGAAGAAGAACGUGAACGUCGUGACAACUACGUUCCCGAAACCUCUGCUUUGAACACUUCUAGCAUCGAAGUUGAUCCCGAGACCAAGGAACUCUUGAAGGCUAUCAACUUUGAAAACCUUCCUGGUGUUCAAGUCACUGAGCCCAUUGCUGCCCAAACUGAUGUCCGUCGUACUCGUCGUGACAACCGUGGCCCUCGUGCUCCCCGUGCUCAAGCUGAAGCUUCUGCUUAA